GAGGAAAUACGUUAUGUUAUACCUUCGGUAUCACUAGGCACCAGCAUUAUUAUCCCAUGGAGUACAUACCACUUGCAUCACAUCCAUGACUCUGGAAAACCCCAAGCCCAGGGGCCCGACGGCCUGUACGACAUGCGCGAAGGCCAAGUCUCGAUGCAUCCCUGGACCGCCGGAGAGCAGCAAGUGCGAGAGGUGUCACAGGCUGGAGAAGCCAUGUGCGUCGCAGACGCCGGCCCCGCCUCGGGCGAAGAAGGAGCCCAGGCCCACCAAGGUGGCUGAGCUGGAGAAGAGGCUUGAGGAACUUGCCUCGCAGCUUCGCGGGGGGCAGACCGGAGGGUCCACUUUCGCCACGUUUGGUUCCGGUUCCGGUUCCGGUUCCGCUCCGACUGCGACUCCCGCUCCGGCUCUCGAUCAUGAUCCCGCCCCGGUGGAGCAUCGGUCGGUGAAAAGGCGGAAGAUGGGGACUGUGACGGUCCAUCGGUUCCACCACAUCUUCCCCGAAGUCGACGAAGGGGCCCCAUCCUCAGACGGUGACGAUGGUGACGACGGUGACGACGGUGACGACGGUGACGACGGCUCCUCCCCCUCAGAAGAUGCAGGAGAAUCGCCGGCGAGUCUCAUGAGCAUUAGCCACGACGACAGCAGCGACCCGUUACCCCAUCCGAUCCACCCAGACGACGUGCCAUGGCCGUCCGGCGACGAGGCCGAACAGCUCCUGCAGACCUUCCGCGCGGUCAUGGCGCCGCUGUACCCCUUCGUCAUCCCGCCGCCGGGUCUCGCCGCCACUCAGCUCGCCGCGCGGCAUCCGUUCCUCUUCAAGGGCGUCGUGGUGGUGGCGUACCGUCUGGAUGCCUUUCGUCAGCUUGUCCUCGGCGACAGACUCCUCGGCGAGAUUUCUCGGGCGGCUAUCACGAGGCCGCGGAAUAGCCUGGAUGUGUUGCAGAGCUUGCAGCUCUUGGUUGCGUGGUUUCAGUAUAACUUGAGCAGCUUCCAGAUCACCAAUUUGCUCUUCCUGGCGAGGUCGAUGUGCAUCGGUCUCGGGUGUAGGGAGUCUCUGGCGACGCAGGGCCCCAGGCUGUCUUCGACGGUCACGCUCGACCACAUGAGGGCUUUUACCGGCUGCUAUUAUCUCAAUUCAUUGAUGUUCAACACGAACAAAACACCCAAUGCUUUUACCAUUACGCCAUAUCUCGAGAAAUGCUGCAAAACCAUCGAGGAACGGGCUGAAUAUCCCGGCGAUCAGUUCUUGGUGCAUUUAUUUCGCAUCCAGAAACUUGCACAGUCUAUUUCUCUUUCACUGGGGCAGCAAGACAGCACCAGCUUGCAGUCUAUGCAGCUCCCCCUGACCAUGAUAGUGCAGUCCUUCCAGCAAGAAAUCGACCUAUUCAGGUCGUCUCUACCGGACGGACUGAGGACGAACCCCGUAUUACUAUCUCACAUAUCAGUCGCCGAAGUGCUCUUAUACGAGGUCAGCAUCUCAGAAAGCCAAAACCCCCGCUCCACGCUCCGACACCCGGAAAGGCUGGGCCUGCUCUGGAACUGUGUCGGCGCGGCGCGGCGUUUCCUGGACACGCGUUUCGGCGGCGGUAGGGUGCACGUGCACGUGUACGUGCCGCCGCGGUUCACGUGCCUGGGCACGUCGGACUGGCUCUACGUGGUGCUGGUGUGCCUCAAGCUCCUGGCGCUGCAGGUGCCCGGGUGGGACCUCGGGGCGGUGUCGAAGCAGAUCCCGCUGGACGAGAUGGCGGACCGCGAGGUCGAGGAGAUGAGGCGCUACGUCGAGCGGCGCAGGCGGGGGCGUCGCGGGGGGGAGCUGGUGGCGAACCCCGUGUCGAAGGUCGCUGGGUAUUUUGAUCCGCUGGAACGGGUCGGGCAGGUUAUUUCCCAUCUUAAGGGGAUUGUUGCGAAGGAGCUUGAUGCGUAUAAUGCGGGUUGUUGCUGUGGGACGGGUCAGCCGCAGCCGCAGACGCAGCAGCAGCAGCAGCAGCAGCAGUAUCAGCAGCAGGAACAACAACAACAGCAGCAGCAGCAGCAACAGGAACAACAACAACAACAACAUCAACAACAACAACAGGAGCAGAUGGUACUAGCCUUGGCAAUGGAUGAUGGUGCGCAGGUGAGCGGGAGCGCAGGUGAGGGUGCUCUAGCAAUGACCGGUGCGGCUACGAGGACGUUCUCAGACCCGUACGGGACGUUCUGGGAGGAAGCCUUUAACGAUCCUUCAUGGACUUCUUUUAUUGAUAACAUGAAUGUGAUGGCGGAUGUUGUUUGGAAUUAUUGAGACUUUUCUCUUGGUGGGUUCUGCCCCUGGGCGUGAGACCCGGAUUUGGAAGCAGGGCAGUCAGAGUGGGAGAGGGGGAGAAGGGGGAGAGGCUAGGGUUUUAUAGGAAUAUCUCAACAGUGACAACGG